AUGGAUUUGGAUAGCCAAAAGCCCCGUAAAAAGGGUAAAAAGCCUAAAUUUAAUGCAAAAAGCCCUAAAAACUUCCGUGUAAUUAAGCCCCGUAAACUCGGCAAGCCAUUAAACAAGUCCAUUAAAAAGCUUAUUCCAAAGGACAUUACUUUAUUAAAAAAGGGGCUUUUUAAGCAAAAAAUCCGUUGCCUGAGCCUUUUCCUUUAA